AUUUUCCGUCAAGCCAUCAUGCGCAAAGCUCUGGCUCCUUAUCUCCAACUGACACAGGCUGUCAGACUUGGUAAUUUAGUGCAUUUUACAAACACGCUGAAUGAGUAUAAGUCAAAGUUUCUGGAUGAUCACACAUUCAUGCUCAUCCUUCGUCUGCGCCACAAUGUCAUCAAGACAGGCUUACGAGCUAUCUCGCUCUCCUACUCCCGCAUCUCCUUAGCUGAUGUUGCUGCCAAGUUGACUCUGGGCUCACGGGAAGAUGCAGAGUUCAUUGUAGCAAAAGCAAUUAGGGAUGGUGUCAUAGAGGCUGUGAUUGACCAUGAGCAUGGUUUUAUGCAAAGCAAGGAGACUGUUGAUGUAUACUGCACUCGUGAACCACAGUCAGUGUAUCAUCAGCGUAUUUCCUUCUGCUUGGAUAUUCACAACCAGUCGGUCAAGGCCAUGCGCUACCCCCCCAAGUCAUACAACAAGGAUCUCGAGAGUGCUGAGGAACGACGAGAACGGGAGCAGCAGGAUCUGGAAUUGGCAAAGGAGAUGGCGGAGGAAGACGAUGACAGUUUCACGUAGACUGCGAGUUUGCCUCCUUUUACCUCCAGAAGAGAGUGGGCUUGAAUGUGAGAGUACUGGUAUAAUGUAGACAGAAAGAAAUGUGAAUUGUCAAGGCUAAAUGCUCUGUCAGGAAUAUAAAUUAGACUUUCAAAAUCCAUAUCCAUAUUACUGGUCUUCGUUUUCCUUUCCGUGUUGUAGGGAUAAUAACUGAUAGUUUAUAAUUUCUUGAAAAUGUGGUUUUAUUUUCAUGAAUUAUCUUUGCUUGUGUUAAUAAAGGAAACUUUGUUA